GCGCCGCGCAGGAGGGCGAGUUGUCGCUGCUGCCGGCGAGCCGUGGUCUUGUUUACUAUAGCAGCUAAAGUGAAUCAGAAUGCCUCUCAAUGAUGAUCAGAACAGCGAUUCAGAGUCUUCACGCCUCUCUGAAAGCACAGCUGCUUCUAGUGACUCUGAAUAUUCAAGACAGAGCUUUAACAGUGAUUCUUCAAGCAAACCCAGUUCCCCAGCAUCAGCAAGCCCUCCCAAGGUUAUUACAUUUGAUGAACUAAUGGCAGCUGCAAGAAAUUUGUCAGACUUGACUCUAGCUCAUGAAAUUGCUGUGAAUGCAAACUUUUGCAUAAAACAUGAAGACUUCCCCCAGAACAGCCUUGCAGGCACAGUGAAACAUAUUGUACACAAGGCGUUUUGGGAUCAUUUGGAAUCAGAACUGAAUGAAGAUCCUCCAGAAUAUGAACAUGCUAUCAAACUCUUUGAGGAAAUUAAGGAGAUUCUUCUUUCCUUCCUGACUCCUGGAGCAAACAGGAUUCAAAAUCAAAUCUGUGAAGUUCUAGAUACAGAUCUUAUUAGACAGCAGGCAGAACACAAUGCUGUUGAUAUUCAUGGGCUGGCCAACUAUAUCAUCAACACUAUGGGAAAGUUAUGUGCUCCAAUAAGAGACAACGAUAUAAAACAGUUAAAGGCAACUGACAAUAUUGUAGAGCUACUGAGACAGAUAUUCCAUGUUUUGGACCUGAUGAAAAUGGAUAUGGCUAAUUACACAAUUCAAAACCUUAGGCCAUACCUUCAGCGUAAUUUAGUGGACUAUGAAAGAACAAAAUUCCAGGAGAUUCUUGAAGAAACACCAAGUGCCCUGGAUCUCACAACAGAAUGGAUAAAGGAAUCAAUAGAAGAUGAAUUGUCAUCUAUUUCUGAUGAAUCUUCAUCAUCCCCUGGUGCUGAUAGUAGUUCUAAACCAAUUAUUAGUCCUACACUGGUGCUAAACAACGGCUACUUGAAACUGUUACAAUGGGAUUAUCACAAAACAAUUCCAGAGACUCUGUUAACUGAUGAAGGUCGUCUUCAGGAGUUGAGAGAAAAGCUCAAUCAGUUAAAAAUCAUAGCUUGUGUUUGUCUCAUAACAAACAAUAUGGUGGGUGCAGCAAUUGUUGGUAUGCCUGAUUUUGCUGAACAACUGAAAAGGAUCUCUGUUCCUCUUCUUGAAGGCAUGAACAAGAAAACUUUUGAUUUGAAGGAGGCUCUGAAUGCUAUUGGUGUCCAGAUUUGCAGCAAACUGAACAGGUCUCUAACUGAAAGAGGUCUUCCUACUCUUAGUGAAGAAGUACAGAAUAAUUUAAUGGGUCAAAUCGCUCAUAUUGUUGAGGAGAAUAAUCCCAUCAGUUCCUUGAUUGACAAACGAAUCCAGUUCUUCAUGAGAAGCUUGCUCGCUCUUCCACAUUUUCAGAAGUGUAUGCCUACUAUGCCAGGAGGCCUUUCUGUGAUUCAGACAGAGAUGGAGUUUGUUGGAUCUCAGUAUGCAAACAUCGUAAACUUUAAUAAACAAGUGUAUGGACCAUUCUAUGCAAAUAUACUCAGAAAACUGCUUUUUCCUGAGGCAUCAAUGGGGAAAGCAGAAACAGAAAGACCUACCAAUUAAAAAAUACGGCCUAUUUCUGUUUGCUUUUUUCUUUUCUUUACUUUUUUUAACCUUCCAAGACAGUGACUCGACUUCCCCACUAAGAACAGCCCACUCCAGUGACUACUCAUGAGAGGGAUCUUGUGAACUGUAUGGCGGUAACUUCUGAAAUUCACUGGAAAUUAAUUUCAAGGACAUAUAUAUUUCUAAUAAAUCUCUAAUGAAUUGUGUUGCUUGUAAUAGUGAGUGAAGUACUAGUUUUGAGGGCAAGAAUUUAUUAAGAGCUGCCAAAAUAUGUGCUCUUUGCCACCAGUAAAACAAAGUUAUUUUUCAACUUGCAUGUAUUUACAUAUAGCAAUACAAUUACAAAAUGACAAAGCAAUUGUAGAUAAAAUGUACUAUGCUUAUAUUGUAUUUUUGUAGAGCAACAUCCAGUAAAACAAUUACAUUUCUAAAAGACUAAAAGCAAAAAAACCCAAACAAACCAAACCCAACCAAACAUAGCAUAACUGCUUUUGUAAUAAAACACAGGAUCAUAUGAGCACAAGUUCUGGUACUCCUGCAGUUACUGGAACCAGAAUUUAGCCUCUGUUACAUUAAGGAGUGCCAGUAUUAUCAACUGUUUGAAUUCUAGCAGUUACAGAAGCAGCAUUUACCAAUUGAAGUAGGAAUCAUUCAGAACUUCUCAACUGUAAUUGAGAUUAAUGAUAAACAUCUAAGAAACAUGAUGGGGGGAAGAGUAAAUUGUUGUAUAUAAUGUUUAUAAACAUUCUGUUAAUCCAGGGGAGGUCAUACAGAUCUCUAAUCUGUAUAUGUACUGAUCUUUGAUCUUAAUGGGUAUUCAGUAUUUUUAAGCUAGGUCUUUCUGGCCUUUAUUCACAAAAGCACUUGACAGUACCCUUACAGAGUACCACAGAGCAAUUUCCCCUUUUAUAUUGUUGGAUAAGGGCAUAAAAAGGUUUCAAAAGAUAUUGUUAAGCAAGAACCCAAAUGGUUGGCCAUUCUUAAAUGUGAUUAGAUUCAGUGAGUUUGUGAGAAAUGCUGCUGGUCUGUCCUAAAUUUCUUUGGGUUAGGUCCAAUACUUUGUUCCCAUUUAAGGCAUCAGGAAUCUUGCAUAAAGAAAAAACUGAAAAAUGUGGAUGUAAACUUCUGUAAGUUUAUACAGGCUUUAUUUUGCAUAUUUCAGAUUACUGGGAAUAAAUACUGCUGGAAUACAUAUUACAGACAUGUUCUUGUCUAUAAAAUAAUUUACUUGAAAAGGAUUUAAAAAAAUAUAUAUUGCCAUAUAAUAGCCAUUUAAAAUGUCAUAUAUAUAUAUAUAUAAAACUUCAUGUGCUACAAGUUAUAGAGCUUGAUUUUAAUAUUUUAUAUUACAGUCUAUUUUUUAUGAAGAGACAAAGUUGCCCGUAGAAGUGUAAUGUCACAAAUUGUGUAUGUACAUUACUACACUCAUCAUAGAUGUUGAAAUAACUGGGCAUUAUUUAGCACUGUGGUUUUGUAGUCCAUUUUUACAGAACUGUGUACUGUUUUUAAUAAGGGAAUUGACUUGUCAGCUGUUCUUGCAGUGGUCAAGGACUUUGGUCACAUGUACAGGGUUAAAAAAAAAAUUUAUUGAAAACGCCUUUUAAUUUUUUUUUUUCUAGUGCACUUCUGAUCUAUCCCUUGUAAAGUCAUUGCACAGAAUAAAGAUUAAUACAUGUUCUAAAGGGAACUGUUUCCUGAAGCCUGUAAAACCUGAGAGAAAGGAACUCGUAGAACAUAGUAAUUGUGCCACUGUAUAAAUCAGGCUUGCUCAGAUGGAUAUGAAAUUCUGAUGUGUAAUUCAAAAUCAUCAAGAGAAGAAUGCAGUGCAAAAGCAAUUACAAGGAAUUAAUGUUUUGCUACAUCUUUAGAAAAAUCUAAAUUAUUUUGAGCUUUGGCUGAAAGAGGGUUUUAUGAAUAUUUGAAGAUGAUUUAUAACACAAUUAUGAACUUUUAAUGAAGUACUUUAUAUUAAUUCUAGUGUAAAACAAAUAUCAAACUAUAGAUCUUAUGUAUACUGGGGGAGCUGUCAUACUAGUUUUUACCAGUAAAUACUGAAAAAAGAAUUGGGGGGGCUUUUUUUGUGAUUAAGUUGAAUUGCAAAGGGCAUUUUAUAGCAUGGCUUAUGUUUCAAAGGAUUGUUUAAUGUAUCUUAAUUUUUAUUUAAUGUUUCAAACAUGGACAUUGCAUCCAUUUAAUGUCAUGUGUUGCAUGCUGCUUAUGCUGCUAUGGCUAAAAUAAACUUGCCUCUACUCCAAAGUUGUUCUUGUGAAACAAGAUGCAUUCUGUAGCAGCUUUCUUUGUUGAAAUACAAGUACUUAAGGUUUUGUAUGCAUUAAAUUUUGUUUGUGAUACCAGUGGUGGUGAAAAGUCAUUUAUGCAAACUGUCUUACAUGUAAUGGAUUGUUAAAUGCCGACGAUA